AUGGAACAUAAUAACAUUGUAAAUGAAGUUGUUAAACUUAAGACAAAGCUGAAAAAUGCACUAACAGAAAAUGAAGAACUGAAAAAGAGACAUCAUGAAGACACGGAAAAGUUAAAUUUAGUUUCGUUAAAAAACGUUUCACUCAUAGGUGAAAUAACAGACGAGAAAAAAAUGCUCCAAGAUGAAUUUAUUAAAUAUAAGGAAGAAUCAGUGAAAGACAUAAAAAGAUUACAAGAAGAGUUAGACAAAAAUGUUAUAAUGUUAAAUUGUUUGAAGGAUGAAAUACUUUUCAAGGAAGAAGAGUUGAAAAAGGCAGAAAUUAUUGAAAAGCUCUACAAAGAAGAGACUGAAAUAAAUCAAGAAAAAGAUAUGAAGAUCAAAAGUUUAGAAAAAAUUUUAACGCAGAAGGAAGAAAGGGGUGAAUUUAGAAAAGAGAACUUACCUGAUGAAGCACAACAUGAAGUAGAGCUAAUACAAAAUGAAUUAGCGCAAAAAAAUAAUGAAAUAGAGCAAAAAAACCAAGAAUUAGAGCAAAAAAACCAUGAAUUAGAGCAAAAAGAAAAUGAAUUAAAAAUUUUAAAUAAAAAAUAUGAACACUUAAAAAAAUCCAACACUGAAAUUGAAAAGAAAAUAUACUUCUUAAAGGAAGAAGUGGAUUAUUACAAAAAUAAUGAAAAUAGUUUCAUAAUGCAAAAUAUUUUUAAUGCUGAAAAUAAUUUAGAUGAUUCUACAUGUAAGAAAUAUCUUUUGAAAAUAUCCGUUUUGUAUAACGCUUUAUACAAAAUUGUUGUGUAUGAUCAGAAAAGUUUAAUGGACAAAGAAAGGUUUAUUUAUUCCUUAGAAAAGGAAAAUACUCAUUUUUUAAAAAAGUUUAUUGCGGAUGAAAUGUAUUGUCUUUACCUUAAAGAUUGCAUAAGCAAAAUUAAUUUAACUUAUCAAAUCGAUCUACAUAAACAGGAAAAGAAAUACAUGUUACUUAAUUCAGAGUAUGAAGAUCUUUAUAACAAAUUUUUGCACGAAAAAGACGAAAAUUGCUUAUUGAAUGAAAAGUAUGAUAAGAUUAUUUUUAAUCAAAAAAAAGAAAUAAAUAAUUUGAAGAGUCAUAUAUCGAUGCAAAAUAAAGACAAAGAAAUUUUAACCAAGUAUAUUGAUAAUUAUAUUACAUAUAUUGAGAAUUCCUAUGCGAAGUAUUGUCUACUCCAUAAGGACUAUAAAAAUUUAGAAGAAUUAGUAAACGACUUGGAAGAAAAAAACAAAAAUUUGAUGAUAUUCGUUAAUGGGAUAAAUAAGGACACUAAAACGAAUAAUUGUUCAAUGCAGACAGAACCAAAUCAAGAUAAUGAAGCAAAGUGUAGUAAAAACACCAUAACUUUAGACAUUGAAAAUAUAAAAUUAAUCAAAAAUGACAUCAAAGAUAAGGAUAUAAAAAUUAUAGAACUUGAAAGUAAAAAUUUAGAACUUGUAAAAACAAUUGAUAAACUUAAUGAAGAACUUCUAAAGAAUAAAAGUUCUGAAUAUACAGAAAGGGAGUGUGCGAAAAUUAAAGAUUUAUGUUUCGAUUUGAAGGAUAUUUGUUCAAAAUUAGAAUUAGAAGUUAAGGAAAAGAAUUACAUAAUAGAAGAACUUACCGAAAAGUUAACCCAGUCAGAUAAAAAAAAUAAAGACAAUCAAGUCAUACUUGAAUUAUCCGAAUUUAGAAUUCAAAAUUUUGAUGAUAAUGUAAAAUAUUAUCAAAAAAAAGUUUCCGAAUUGAGUGAAAAACUCCAGAAGAAGGAAGCAGAAAUUACCAUUUUCCAUGAUUAUAAUGAAAGGUUAAAGGAGGAAAAAGAAAAGAUAUCUUACGAACAUGGGAAAAUGUUGGAACAGAUCAACACCUUACAGAUAGAAAAUGAUCAUUUGAAGAGUGAAAUAAUUUUAUUAAAAAAUGAAGAUAGCAUGAGUAACAAUUACAGCAAUGGUAAAAACAAAAGUAACACAAAUAAUAAUCAUCUUACUAGUACAGCUGGAGUUACUGAUGAUGCAUCAUAUAUAAAUGAAAAAUCCACACUGCAAAACGACGAACGAAGUGAUCAACAUUCAGAAUAUGACGUUACUGAAGAACAAAAAAGUAGUAGAUACAAAGGUAUUUUCAAAUUUAUGAAACCUAAAAAAGGUAUUUUUGAGGAUAAAAAUGAGUUAGUUGUAAAAAUAGACCAACUAACCAAUGAGAAUAACAUUCUGAUUAAAGAAAAUGGAGAAAUUUUCGACAAAUUACAAACAGUAUCUAGUGAAAAUGUAAAAGUUAAAAACGAAUUGAUGUACGCAAAAGCAGAUGCAGAAAAAUCUCUAUUCUAUUUAGAGUAUGAAAAGAAAGAAAAAUUAAAAUAUAAAUUAUUAUUAAGACAAAAAAACAGAAAAGGGAAAAAACUCAAAAGAACUUUUAACAAAAUGAUAGGCACUGUAAAUGAUCUAGUUAUAAAUGUAAAAAGGAUUGACAAAGAGAAUAAAAAAAAUGACAUUAACAAUUCAUUCUUUAUUUCCUCUUCUUCGGAUAAUAAUUCCAAUGAGGAACCAUUAUCAGACAAUGGUAAAUCCAACACACGGUUGAUGAUGUCUUCUGUGGGAAAAUCGAAAAAAAGUAUGAGCAACACUAGUGUAGGUGGCAAACACAGCAUUUAUAGCAAGUCUACCAAAGUUCCAAGAACUUCAGAUAAUGGAAAUAUGGGUAUUCAAGGGAAAAAAAAUUUCAUUCAUAAAGGCGAAAAUAAACCUCCCAAAGCGUAUAUAAAAAUACGUAUGCACAGAUUUUCCAUUUCUAACCAUUUUAAGAUAAACGUAAAAAACUAUAAGAAGGCAUAUAAAGAAAUGGAAAGUGGCUCCUUGUCUUUCCUUAAGGAUAAUGUUAACAUCGAUCUGGAUUCGUUAGCAAUUCAAUCGAAAAAUAUCAAAGGUCUGGAUACUUUUUAUUCCAUACCUAACAGCAACGAUUCUAGAAUAAUCGUUCAGGAGGAAGAAAAGAAAAAGAUAAACAAUUUUUCAAUUUUCCAAACAGAGAAACUGAUAAAUGAGCUUAGCUACAUUAGAAGAAAGUAUGAUUCAAAAGCGAAGGAAACUUUGAACAUGCAAAGAAAGCUGAUGGAAAAUGAGAAGGAACUAAACUGUACUAAUAUAAAGUACGAAAAUUUAUUAAACGAACAUGAUUCGUUAAUUUCUCAGAUUAAGGAAAGAACAGAAAAGUUAGCAAAUAUUGAAAAGAAUUAUAACUUAUUAUUCGAAAAAUAUAGCGAAACACAGGACGAAAUUAAGAUGCAUGAAAAAAAGACACAAGAAAUUUUCAAUGAAUGUAAUGAACUAGUGGAAUAUAUGAAAAAGAAAGAAAAUAAAAUAAAGGAAUUUGAUGAACAUUUAAAAAAAAUGGAAAUAAAAUAUAAAGAGGAAAAAGAAAAAAAUGAUAUCCUUACAAAGGAUAAUAUAUCUCUGGAUCAUUUAAAUUCAAAAUACACAGAAGAUAUUGAACUUUAUAAGAAAAAAAUGGAAAAUAUGCAAACUGAAUUAAAAUUGAGGUUAUCAAAAAUUGAAGAGUUUGAGUUAAUUCAGAAAAAUACUGAAAAUGAAAUGUUUUAUCUAAAAUCAGCCACCUACAGAUAUGAAAUAAAUUUAAAGGAGGCACAUGAUGAAUUAAAUAAAAUAAAUGAAUCGAUUAUUAAAUUGAAAAAAGAGUUAAACGAAAAACAGAUUAAUAUAGAUUUGCUAACGGAUCAAGUUUUAAACAGAGAUUAUUUUUUAUAUAGUAUAAACGAAUCGCUAAAAAAGAAAGAAUAUUUUUAUAAAAAUUUAAAACAGAGGGUUCAAGGAUUUAACAAGGCCUUUAUUGAAUUGUGCGAAAACUUCGAAAUGAAUGAAAUUAAAAAAUUCAACGAACUGUAUGAAAAUUUUGAAUAUAACGAUUCCAAUUAUAAGAAAAAUGUGCUAAAUUUUCAGAUGAAUCAGAGAGAUAGAUUUUCAGAAACUGUUGAGGACAUUGUCAAAACUGUAGAUGCGCUAUGUGAAUUCAAUCUAAAAUAUGAAGAAGAAAAAAAAGAAAUGAUUAAUCGAAUUAAGGAAUUAGAAAACAAGUUGAGAAUUAAAAUGAACGAAAAUAAUGAACUCUACGAACAGUAUGAAUGUAAUAUUAAAAACAUACUAAUGGAGCGAGAUGAACGAGUGGAAGAUUGUCUUAUCCUUUCAGAAGAUGUUAAGAAAAAAAACAAUGAAAUACAUGCACUUAUGAAAGAGUUAGAAGAGAAAAACCUAGAGUACAAUGAAGUAAACAUGAAAUGCACAUUUCUUACGAAUGAAGUAAAAAAUUUAGAAAGCUCAAAAAUUAAUCUGAAGGAAAAGUUGAGAGAAAUCGAAUCAGAGCAAGAAAAACAAAUUGAUUUUUUGAAAAAAGAAAAUGAUUACCUAAAAGAUGAUAUAUGCAAUAUUAAAAAGGUAAUUCACAAUUUAGAUGAUGAAAUUAUUAAACUGAAGGAAAAAAUAGAUAAUAUGAAACAAGAAAAAUAUGCUUACGAAAAGGAAAUAGAUAAAUUGAGAGAAAUAUUAGAAGAAGAAAAAAGAUUUAAUGAUAUUUUAAAAGAAAAUGAACAAAAUUUUAUACAAGAAAUUAAGGAAGCACACCAGUAUGCUAUCAGAAAAGAGGAAGAAAUUAAUACAUUGAAAUUAAAUCAUGAAUUAGAGCAAAAGAAAUAUAUCGACGAAAUUGAUACUUUGAAAAUAAAAAACAAAGAAAUUCAUGAUUCAGUGAAAAACCAAUUGAAAAUGGUUUCAGACUUAGAAUUACAAAUGCUAGAAUAUAAAGUAUUACUAGAUAAAAAUACUAGUAUGAAAAUGUUAAUUCAAGAUUUAGAAAAUAAAAUUGAUGAACUCAUCAAGGAUAAUGAAAAACUUUGCAUUGAUUUGAAGAAAGAAAAACAUAUAAAUGAAGAACAAGAAAAAAGCAUACUUACAUUAAAUGAGGACAUUAAGCUACGAGAAGCGAAAAUUUAUGAGCACGAUUCUUUACUUCUAAAAUUGAAAGAUGAAAAGGAGCAAUUAAAUCAAGAAAUUUUUAUUUUAAAUGAUAUUAAAAAGAGCAAAGAUAGCAUAAUAGAAGAAUUAGAAAACAAUUUGAGAAAAGCUGUUUUUGGAGAUAUUAAAAUAAAUGAAAUGGAAAGGUCGCAACUUCAGCAUAAGAUAUUUACAGAGGAGGACCUUGGUAUUAUAAAAGACAACGAAGAAGAGGUAGAUUUCAACGAUAUGGUUAAUUCUAACAUGUGCAUUUUUAACAAUAACGGUAACUUGGGGUUAAACCUUGGUAAUAAUAACCGAAGUAACAUGAGCAAAAUUAUUGAACUUAAAAAAUAUAGCCUUUAUUUAAAGGAAGAGAAUGAUGCGAUAAAACAAGAAUUAAGGAAAUUAAAAGAUAAAUUAUCCAUAGAUGAAAGGAAAAAUGUAGAGAUGCAAAGAAUAAUAGAUAGAAGAGAUGAAAUAAUACAAAAAAUGAACAAAGAAAUAGUUUCUUAUAACGAGAAAAUGAAAAAUUUCGAAAAAGAUACGAAUCAGUUGAAUUCGGAAUUAUACGCUGCUAACGAAUUACUAGCCAUUCGAAGCGAUGAAUGCAAAGAGUUAACAAUAGAGCUAUACGAAUUAACAGAUGUGAAAAAUAAGUUAAUGGUCCGAAAUGAAGUUUUGAUGAAGCAGAUCGAUUUUUUUAAACAAGAGGCUGAAGAAAAAUCAGAAAUGUUAAACGAUUUGGAUAUGAAAAAGGAAGAAAGUAACACCAAAGAAUGUGAAAAAAAUGCUAUUGUUAGUGAAUACAAUCGGACAUUAAGCAUUUAUUACAAAAUUUAUUCACAUAUUAUUUAUUACAAGAAAUAUAUAGAGAAGGAAUUGAAUGCACAUGGAAGAUCCAAUUUCAUAGACAAUGCUAGUGGUAAAUACAACGAUGAUGAUAAUAUGAGAUUGAGCACAAGUGAUGAUAUUUGUGAUAAAUUAAAUGAUAGCAUGCAUCAGAAUUACAUGCCUGUUAUACACUCUCUCAAUUUAAGCAAUCCAAACAAUUCUGUUCAAAGCAGUAUUGAAAAAUUGAACCCGAAUGACACAAAUGAAAUAUCUAGUUAUAUAAACGAAUUUUUAAAAUGCGUGAGGAUGUUAAUUUUCAAAAAAAGGGUAUUCGAAUCUAAGCUAGAAAAUGCUGAAAAAAAGUACAACGCUUUUAAGGAAAAGUUGAAAGAAGAUAGAGAUGUAAUAAACGAUUUGAAAAAAAAAUUAAGACAAAAUGAAGAAUACAAUUUGAACAGAAAUAACAAUGGUGAUUUUAGGAAACACAGCCAUUUUUUCGAAGAAGGAGAUAAUUUAUCGUUAAAUUAUAAAGAACUCAGCAAAGAUAUACUAAAUAGUGGAUCAAAAAAUGAUAUAAUAGAAAAAAAAAAUUUACUUAUUUUAAAAUGUGAAAACGAAAAAUUGAUAGAAGAAAAUAAAUAUCUAAAUGAACAAAUAAAUAAUUUGAUUAAUUUACAAAACUGUGCAAGUGAUAUAAGGAAAAAAACUGAACUUGGAGAAAAGGAAAAUUCACAAAAUGAAUACAUGUCUGUUGCGGAAAAUAAGUACUUAAAAUUUCAAGUCGACACCAUCACGAAUGAAUUAAAUAUAUUUAGAAAUAAAAAUGAAUACUUAAGGAAAAAAGCCGAUAAUUAUGAAGACAUAAUUGAUAAUCUUCAAAAAGAAAUCAUUCAUAUCAUUGACAAACAAAAAGAGUGCGAUGAAGAAUACUACAAAAUGGAAACUGAAUUGGAAAAAAAGAAUAAACAUAUUGAAAAUUUGAUGAAUAAAAGAAAAGAAGAUCAGGAACAGAUGGAAAGAGAAUAUUCUAAGAGUUUAAAAUUAGAGAAGGAAUUUUUAUCUUUAACAGAUGAUAUAUUUAAAAAAGAGUCGAAACUAAAAGAAUGUGAAGAAAUUAUACAAAAAUUAAACGAUGAUAUAAAUGUACAUAUUUUAGAAAAAGAAGAAUUAAAAGCAUAUGCAAAUAAUUUAAAAGAAAAAUAUGACAUUUUUCAAAAUAAGUGUAAUGAUCUUUAUGGCGUUUUUGAGAAAGGGAAACAAGGAAAAUCCGAGAUGGAAAAGAAAGAAGAUAGUGCACUAAUUACAAAGUUAAAAAAUUACGAUGAUAUUAUAUCGGAACUUUUAAAAGAAAAAGAAAUUUUACUAAAUAAGUAUGAAGAAUUAAAAAGAAUAUACGAUGAAAAAUUGAAAACUCAAUCUACAUUGCAUAAAGAAAUCAAUGAACUCAGAACAGACAAUGAAAAAUUGAAUGAACAGAAUAAUGCAUUAGUCCAGAAUGUAAACAAGUUAAUAAAACAAAAUGAGGAAUAUAAUAUGAAAUUAAUAGAUUUAGACAAGGAAAAAUUUGAUCUAUACAUGAAAUAUCUUAAAGUCUUGGAAGAUUUAAAAAAUCUCUCGGAUUCACCCAUUUGUUCUAAUAAUAUAUCAGGGAAUAAUAAAUUUACAGAUAGUAAACUAUCUAAUUCUCCACCAUCAAUCCGUAAUUGUACUGAUGUGGAGAAAAAUGACAAAAGUAAAGUGAAAAGUCCUCAUGAGAAUGGAAAUACACAAAGUCAAGAUAUAGAACUUUUUAAUUACCCAGGUGAUGACACCAAGAGAGAUAAGUAUGAAGAAAAAAAGGGUAUCCAUAUAAAUAACUUAAUGAACGAAAUUAACCAUUUAACAAGGAAAAAUGACAUACUUAAGGAAAAAAUGAACGAAUUAGAACAACUGAAUGGAAACUUAUUUAACGACAAUAAGGAGUUAAUAAAAAUUAUCUCAUCUUUAGAAACGAAUGGGAAUAGAAAUAGAACAAAGGAAGAUAAAGGAGAAAGCUGUGAAAAAAUUAAGGACUUAAAAAAUUCGAAUAAUUAUCAAAGUCUACUGAAUGAAAAUAAGUUAGAAAAGGAAGAAAAUCAAAAUUUGAAAUUAGAAAUAUAUAAUCUUAAGAACAAGAUUGAUGAAUAUAAUAUAAUAAUAAAUAAAAGUACCCAGCACGAAGAAAGUAAUAAAAGAACUAGAAAUUAUCUCUACUAUUUGAAUGAUAAAAUUAAGGGGUUCAUAGAAAUAUUUAGCGAAAAUAAUUUCAAUUAUGAAUAUUUCAAAUCGGAAUUAAAAAAAAUUAAAUUAACGAAUUUAAUGAUUAUUGAAGAAAAUUUGAAAAAUAUAAAGGAAAUGCAAUCGAAGUUAAGUACAUCAAGUAAAUACACAUUGGAAGACGAUAACAAUAGUGUAAGUUCUAAGAUAAUUGUGAAUUUCUUCACAACAUACAAUGACAGAAAUAAAAGUCAAGAAAAUGAUAUCAUUAUUAACAGAUUCGAAUUGAAAAAAUUUUAUAAAUGCAUUAUAAAAUUAAAAGAAGAUUAUCAUAAAAAAUGUCUUUUAGCUGAUAAUCAAAAAAACUUGAUUGAAGAAUUGAACAAGGAAAUGUUUAAUUAUUCGAAACAAAAUAAAAAAUAUCAAGAUGAGGAAAUAGCAUUAAAGAAAAAACUAAACCAGAUAAUGGAUGAAAACACUGCCAAUGUUGAGAAAUACUCCAAAAUGAAUGAAAAUUUAUUAGUAAGACUUGAAGAAGAAAUUAGUAAAAACAACAACUUAUUAUCUGAAUUGAAUGCACAGAAAGAGAAAAACAAAAUAUAUCAUGAGAAUCAAAUAAGAAUAGAAAAGGCCCUAAAUUUCAAAAAAAUCGCUAGUGAUAAUUCAUCAAAAGAUAAUGAAAAAAUAGACGAUAGAAAUAUACAAAAAAUUUAUUUCUUGCUAGACGAAUAUAAGGAACUCGUAAAGAACAAUUCUAAGUUGUUAGUUACCAAUAAUAAGGUAACUUCCGAGAAUGACACGCUCAAAGAAGUUAUUACCAAAAUGGACAAAGAAAUAAACAUUUUGUCUGAUGAAUUAAAUGAAAAAAAUGAUGUAAUCAAUAAGCACAAGUAUAAAGAUGAACAAAUUAUUGAAUGUGGUGCACGAAAAUCGGACGAGGGAAAAAUGGAAAGAGGAAAAAAUGUUUCAAAAAAGAACGAAUCUCCAAAUGCUGAUGACGUAAGGGAAUAUGAGGAAAUUCUUCUCGUUUUAGAAAAAAAGAACGAGGAGUUAGAAAACAAUUGUGAAAAUUAUCAAAAACACAAUAAUGAGUUGAAUGAUAAGUAUGAAAAAUUGCUAAAUGAAUAUAAUGAACUAAAAAUUUAUCUAAAUGAAAAAAAAAAUGAACUAAAGAUAUUACAAGAGAGAAGUCAAAAUGGUAGAACAAAUGAGGAAAUGUUGGGCGGUAAAAUCUCAAAUGUAGAUAAAUACGCAGAAAAGGAAAAACAAGUUAGAAAUUUGUUUUUCUCAGUUGAUGAGUUGAUAAUCCUGAGUAAACAUAUAAACUCUGUUGAGAUGUUAAACAAGGAUUUUUUAAAAAAUGAACAAUUGGAAAGUUUCAUAAUUUUAAUAAAACAAGAUAUUAACAAAAUAUUUAGAGAAGAUUACGGACACGGACCUGAUCGAGGACCCGAAUCUCGUUCAUCCCCAAAUGAACUUUUUGACGAACUUCUUAACCGAUUAAGCAAAAAAGAUGUUGAAAUAAAAAAUUAUGAAGAUGCUAUGAACAGUAUGAAGGUACAACUGGAUAACAAAGAAGAAAUAAUUAAUAAUUUAAAAGUUGUUUAUGAAAAUGAAUGGAAUAGAAAACUAGAUUUAAAAAAAAGACUAGAAGAAAAGGUGCAAGAAUGUAGUACUAUGAAUAAUUCAGCCGUACAAAAGGAUGAAAUGCUUUUAAAGGUUAAGAAUGGACACGAAGAAUUAUUGAAUGAAUAUAACUUGUCUCUAAAUACGCUCGAAGAAAUGAAAGGAAAAUUAGAAUAUCUGAGAAAUGAAAAAGAAAAAUUAGAAAAAUUAAAAGAAAUAGAAAUGAAUGAUAAAGAAUAUAUUAUCAAAAAAUUGGAACUAAUUAAUAACCAACUAAGGGAAAAAGCAGAUGAAGUGAAAAACUCACUAGGCCAGGAACUUCAAAUAAAAGAUAAUAUAAUUAAAGAUAACGUAGAUAUGCUUGAUGAAUUAAAAAAACAAGUCGAUUUUCUGAAAAAUGAAAAAAGCAAAAAUAAUAAAUACAUGACAGAAUUAGAAUUACAAGUAGCUAAUCAGAACAAUGAAAUUAACACUCUUAAUAAUCUUCUGAAUGAUUCAAAGGAAGAAAUUAAUUUCAUAAAAUCAUCUUUAGAAGAAAAAGAAAAUGAAGUAAUCGAUUUGAGAAACAAAUUAAACAUUCUUCAUAACAAAACAGAUGAUACAACUAUGCAGCAUGAAAAAAUAUUAUCAGAAAACAAAAGAAAUAGCAACCCAUCAAUGAAACGACAAAGCUUUCAAGGUAGUAGCGAAUCAGCAAGAGAGGACUGCGAGCACAUUAACGAAUUAAAGAGAGAAGGUCAGAUACAAAAUAGCUUACAUUAUCAGAAAUUAAAUGAACUAAGGAUAGACUUGAAGAACUCCGUUGCAAGUUAUAAUAAACUUAAAUUUGAUAGUGAAAAAAAAAUUGAAGAUUACGAAGAAGAAGCGAAUAAUUUAAAAUAUUAUAUAAAACAAAUUGAAGAAGAAAAUGAAAAAAAAGAUAAAAAAUAUGCACUAAUCGAGAUUGCAAUAAAAGAAAUGGAUAAAGAAAUAAUCAUUCUAAAGGCACAGCUUGAAGAAAAAAGUCUCUAUGUUAUUGAUCUUGAGAGAAAUAUUCAAAAGUACAAGACAGAUAUGCAAUAUCUGGAUGAAGAUACACAAGUUGUACACCGUAUAAUUUUGAAUUACAUUGAAUCGAAUGGAACUAAUAUUCAUGAGCUAACCAACGAACUUAACAAACAAACCAAGACCAAGUAUUUUCUAUUCCUGAAAGAAAUUAUGAUAAAGCUUUAUCAAAAUUUUAUCAAUGUUGAAUUAAAGAGAAAGGACCAUUUCAACAGUAGUGAUGAAAUCAUUUUAAAGAAAAAAUCAGAAAUGAUAAACUUGGAAGAGAAACAAAACGAAAUAAUGUUUCAGAAAAAUGCAUGUGAGAACGAUGUUAGGAAAAUGAAGGAAGAGUUAGAUAUACUACACGAGAAGAGGAACAUGUACUUAGAUGAAGUAAACAAAGUAACGGAAGACAUAGACACACUACACGAGAAAAGAAAUUCACUUACAAAUGAACUGAACAAUCUUAUGGAUGAAUUAAGUAUACGGAGGGAUGAGUUGAAUCAAUUAAACAACCAACUGGAAGCAAUUGAGAAGAGAGAAAAAAGCUUAAAAUAUAUAGAAAAUGAAUUAAUGAGUAAAAAUGAAAAUUAUAUAAACAAAGAAAAUGAGCUUAUGAAAAGUAAAGAAGAAUUAAUAAACAGAGAAAAGGAAUUAAUUAAAAGUAGGGAAGAAUUUAUAAACAAAACAAACGAAUUAAUGUCUAAAAGAGAAGAAUUAAAUAAUGAUAAAAUACACUUAGAAGAAUUAAAAAACGAUUUGAUGAUUAAAUUUGAAAAGUUGCAGAAUGCACAGAAUGACAUAAAAAUUAAGGAAACGAAAUUAAAAAAAAUUUAUGAGAAAUUGAAAGAUCACAAUAUUGUGGAAUUACUAGAUAUUAAUAACAAUGAAAGUUUUCUAAACACCACCUCGAGCAAUAAUAUGAACAACACCACAUCAUUAAAAAGAAUAACUGAACUUGACAACAUAGAGAACGAAAAUGAAAGUCUAAAUUUGGAUUCAAUAGAAUAUACCACUUACUUCAAAGAGUUUAAAAAACGCAUUAAAAUUUUAAAAAAUGAUUUAAUUAAUCGAGAAAAGGACAUUGAAAUAUACAAAAAAACAUUUGAAAUUGAAAAAAAAGAAAAAGAAAUAUAUAAAAUAGAAUUAGAAAAAUUAAAAGAAUUACUACACGCUGAACAAAUGAUUAGAAAAAAUCUAGAUGAAGAGCUAGAAAAAUACAAAAAUGAUGAUACACAUUUUCUAAAAUCUGUGAGAGAGUCAGAAGAACAAAUUAAGGAAAAAAAUAACCAAAUAUUAGAACUACAACAAAAAUUAAUUGAAACUUCACACGAAAUAAGCAUGAUGGAGAAUAGAAAAAAUAUUAUGCAAGAAAAAAAUAAUGAAUAUGAAAAGAAAAUCGAGCAACUAAAAGUCAUCAUAUCCAAUUAUGAAAAAGAAAUAAACUUACUGAAUAAGGAAAAAAUAAAUAUUACGAAAAAAUCUAUUGAAAAAAUUAUAGAUGACGGGGAAGAUAUUAAAAAAUUAAAGGAUGAUUUAGAUACUGCCCAACAAUUAGUUCUCGAAUUAAAAAAAAAAAAUGAACACUUGCAGAACAUGAGUAUUGAAUUACAACAAGCAAAUAAGGACAUGAGAUCCGACAUUGAUAUUUUACUAUCCAACAUAGAAGAUAUAAAUGAAGAAAAGAAUAUCAACGAAAAAUUAUUAAAACAAGGAGAGGAAAAAUACAGUGAGCUCAAGCACAUGUAUGAUGAAAAAAUUAAGGAGAUCUAUAAAAUGCAUAAUAUGCUUUCCCCUCAAAUAAGAAAUAAGUUGCAGUUAAAUGAUCGAGAAAAUGACAAUGAAUUAGAGCAAGGUGUUAAUCAUAAACAAGAACUAGGUGAAGAUUCCAGAUUUAGUCAAUAUGGUAACAACAAAGGCCAGAAGCAUCGGUCUUCAAUUCGUGAUAGCAUUAACAGCAUGAAUCCCGAAUUGGAAAUAAGAAAAGUGGAAGAAAAACAUUUACAUGCAAUGAAUGAAAAGAAUGCAAUUAUCGAAUCCUUAAAUGAAAAGGUGGCCUAUUACAAUAAGGAAAAUGUUAAAAAAGAAGAAAUUAUAAAAGAAUACAAAUCAACUAUUGAUCAAAUUUCUAGCAAAAUACACAUAUUUGAAAAUAAUAUGCAAUUUCUGAUAAGUCUAAACGAAUUUAUAAACGAAAAUGAUUAUACAUAUGAACAAGUGCUAACUAUAUUAAACGACUCAAUUGUGUAUAGAAAAAUAUUAAACAAAAUUCUUUUUGAAAAUCAAUUUUAUAUACAAAUUGUACAAAUUAAAGAAUACCUUUUUGAUAUAAUAAAAAGAAACACAUCGAGUACGAAAGAAACAUUAAAACUAAGUUUAUUGAAAAAGAAAGGUUUUAAGAAAGGUGCAAGUAUAAGCAAUUCGAAUCAUGCAUUACACAUGAGUGAGAAUUUUCAUUCGUUUCACAAUCAAAAUUCUGGACUAGUUGAUAACAUGGAAUAUAUCCUAAGAGCAAUAGAUGAAGAUUUUAACAAUUUCGAAAAUGUGUGUUAUGAAAUUCAUCACUUGCACAAGAAUGAAGAUUGGUCUAAUGUGUAUAAGAAAUUAAACAUUUUAGAGUUCAGUUUUAACAAUAUCAUUAAUAACGUUAUAAAUGAAAUUAAAAAAAUUAGUAAAAAAUCUAAUGAGAAAGGGGAAUUAAAAAAGAACCUGAAAAUGAUGAAGAAGAAAUUUAAUUCCAUAUCGAAUGAUUUUUUAAAAAGUAUCGAAGAAAUAGAUAAACUAAAUUUACUUCUCUCCAAAGAAUCAGAAAAAAAUGAAUUGUUAUUAACUCAGUAUGAUGAACUGAAGAAAUUAUAUGAAGAAUUAAAUGAAGAUCAUAAGGACAAAUUAGUGAUUAUUCAAAAUAACGAACAUGAAUUAAAAAAAGUGCAAGAACAGCUUAUGGAAAGGAAUGAAAACAAAACGAAAACUGAACAAAUGAAUGAAUUUCUCAAAACUGAUUUGAGCUAUUUAAAUACUUCUCUCGAUCAAGCAACCCAAAAUUUAAAUGAAUUGAAUAAUGAAAACAUGAAAAAUAAAAGAUUAGUAAAAGAAUUGACACAAGAAAAUGACUACCUAAAGCAUCAAAUGAAGGAUAAAAUACAAGUUAUAGAGCAUUUAGAAAAUAAACUUGAAUCUAAGAACCAAGUGCUAAAUGAACUAAAAGAAUUUAAUGAUAUACUAAUUAAAAAGGUUGAAAGUGGAAACUCAAAUGGAGGAGUGGAGAACAUGGAUGAUCAUGAACAAAGUAAGGACAGUCGAAAGGAAUGUAUAAACAACGGGAAAACGAUAAGUAACAACAAUUCUAUGUAUAAAAAGAAAACGUACAUAAAUGAUUCUUGUGAUGAAAUAAACAAAAACGAAUUGCUCAUCAUAAUUAGAAAGCUAGAAAAUGAUAAUAACAUACUAAAUGAAGAAUUAGAAAUUUUUAAAAGUAAUUUUAACAUAUUAAAAGAAAAAAAACAAGAACUGGAGGAUAUAAUAAAUAGUAAUGACUUAGCAUUGAACAGAAGAGAAAUAGAACUAAAUGAUGCAAUAAUAGAAAAGGAAAAAAUAUUAGAAGAAACGAAUAGAUACAAAACCAAGUGCAUACAAAUGAUAGACAUUUGCUUUAACAAAGAUUUUAAUAUAGUAGAUAUACGCGAAAAAAUUGUAGCAAUUUUUGAAAAUGAGGAUGAAGAAAUAGUAGAAAUUAUAAAUUGUCACAAACGAUUAUUGUACAAUAAUGAUAGUAAUCCUUUUACCAAACUGGGAAAUGUAAAGAAAAGGAACGGUAGCAACAGAAUGGACAAAUCAUCAAGUGAACUUCAGGACGAAGCGAUUGUAAGCAUAGACCAAGAAAAAUUGAUACAUAUUGAAGAAAUGAGCAAAAAAAAUGAAGAACUUAUAAAGAAAAAUGAAGAAAUAUGGAAAAUGAAUAAAUAUAUCGAAGAUUUAAACAAAGAAAUUACGAACAAAAAUUACAUCAUUAUUAAACAUCAACAAGAUGUAGAAGAUAAAAAUGACAUGUUAGAAAAAAAUCAACAGUAUAUUAAAUUUUUAAAAGAUCAGCUAAAAUUAUUAUGUAACAAUAUCGAUGAAAGUAAUUUAUUUGAUAUAAACAAUGUCAAUUUGUCUCCCACUCUUAGAAGUUUUAUUAAAAGGAAAAGUUUCAAUGACAGGUGUUCUUUUGUUGAUAUUACAGAGAAGGAAAAAAAUACUAUGAAAGGGAGUGGAAUCAAGAGCAUUAACAAUGAUAAUAAUGUUGACAAGAACAUGAAGGAUGGAACUUAUAAAAAGAGCGAUAUUUUCGACCUAAGCAGAAAAAAAAGGAUAUCUGAAUUCACGAACCAGGAGUUGUUCAAUUUCUAUGAUGAGAAUGAAGUAAGAGUGGAAGAAAUGAAUUUAAAAUUAGAUGAAUUGAAUGAUAAACUAAAAGUUGCACAGCAUGAAGUUGAAUUAUUGAAACAAGAAAAUAACGAAUUGGUAGAAAAGUGCGAAUUUUUAAAAAAGGAGUUAAGAAAUGUUCAGGGCACUAAAAGGAAUUUAAUGCUUUGUGAAAGUAGACUAAAUAUAUUAGAAAAAGAAUUAGAAGAUAAACAGAAAAAGUUGGAUGCACAAAAUAAAACAGUAAACGAGUGUGUUGACAUGUAUGUAGAAGAAAAUUCGGAAAAUUUCAACAAAAUAUUGGAACUCAAAAAAUCAAAUGAAAAAUACAAAAUAGAAGUAAAUGUUCUCAAUGAUGAAAUAAGUAAACUAAAGAAUGAAAUAAACAUGUACAAGAAUGAUAUAAAAAAUAUAAGCUCAACAUUGGAUUUUUACAAAUCAACACACGAUGAAUUAGUUAACGAAUUUAGCAAAGAAGAAACAACAAAUGUGUAUUAUAAAAAAUUAUGUGAUCUUUUGAAAAAAGAAAAUGACCAUGUGAAGGAAAAUCUGGAAAUAGAAGAAGAAAACAAAGAACAACUAAUAUCCAGCAUGAACGAAAUUAGAGAACAGUUAACUAAAUGUAUGAAGGAAAAUUACGAAAUCACGUUAGACUUAGAAUAUUUUCAAAUGCAAAAUGGUUUACUUAAAGAUACUUGUAAUUAUUACAGGGAGAGAGAAGAUGCUUUAAUAUAUAACGUAAAUGAGAAGGAUAACAAUUUAGAAAUUGUUGAAAAUUAUAAAGAAGAAAAUUUAAAAGUAUUUAUUGGGAAACUUAAAGAUGAAAUACACAAUUUAAAGGAUGAAAUUGUGCAGAAAGAAAAAACAAUUCUAACAUUAAAAUAUCAAAUAAAGGAAUAUCAUUUUGAGAAAUUUUCCAAAAAAGGGGGAAAUUUGGAGAAUAAAAAUAAUAUUGAAGAAAUAGUGAACUUGAAUAAUAUGACCUAUGUUCAAAGUAGUUUAUUUAUUUAUAUUAAUUUAUUCAAAAGUGUUCUUUUUAUCAUUAGUGAAAUUUUAUUUUUCACAGAUCCUACGAAUAGCUUAUAUUUGGAAAUUUUAACUCUCUUAAAAUUAAGAGGUGUCGAUCAAGACUCAAAUGUAGAAUUAGAUAGCAUGAUCAAAAAUUUUCAUCUCUCAAAAAUGGACUGUGAACAUAUUUUUCAUUCAGUUAUUAAAUCGAAAAAUAUACUCAGAGAAAAACUUCAGCUUUUGCAGUUAAAAAUUUGUUAG